AUGAACCAGUUCGGCGAGGCAGAUGUUAUCGUCAACACAGUUUUCCUUGCUGUUGCCACUGUUUUUGUGGCUGCGCGAUUCAUAUCUCGCAUCUACAUCGUUCAUCGGGUAACCAUGUCAGACUAUGCGAUGCUGAUCGGCUGGGUCCUUGUCUCUGGCCUCUCGGCUGCCAAUAUCUAUGCCACCACGAAAGGCUUAGGACUACGUGAAGGGGUCCUUGAAAGCUGGAGGGAUCCACUGGCUCGGGCCGAGUACGUCUUUGGUGUACUCUAUUAUCCCGCUCUGGCGGCCAUCAAGUUAUCGAUCCUCCUAUUUUACCUGAUGCUGGUAAAAGAAGAGUUCAUCUUCCGUCUUGGAACCUACAUCACUCUCUGGGUAGUCCUGCUGUCGGGGUCUGCUUUGACAUUGGUCAACCUUUUCCCUUGUCGUCCUCUCUCGGCUUCCUUUCAGAUUACCACCCCUCCUGGAACAUAUUGUAUCGACAUUGUCGCCCUCUAUAUUUCCACGGCUACCAUUGAUAUCAUCACUGAUGUUGCUAUCGUUUUACUUCCAAUGCCGGUCCUAUGGCGCGUACGACUCCCGCGAAGGCAGAAGGUUAUUCUGCUGCUCACCUUCGGAACGGGCCUGUUUGUUAUUGUGAUCAGUGUCCUCCGCACAGAGUUUCUCUUACAGAGAGCAAUCCAACGGGUGACCAAACCCCAACCGCCUAGUGUCCACGAUCUGUCCUAUUACGAUGCAUAUGUCUUUUUAUGGUCAGCGCUCGAACUGAGCCUAGGGAUCAUGUGUGGCUGCGUACCGAUGUUAAAGCCUCUCAUCGGUCGUCUCCUUCCACGGCUUCUCUACGCUUCUAGCCUUUCCAGUGAACGGACGGAGCAUGAGCCAUUCGCCUUGUCGGAAGAUGCUGCUCCGCUGAGCCCAAGAGAAAGCACCCCAGCUAUACCCCUUUCCUCUAUGGACCAAAUGCCUCGUCAGCAGACUUUCCUAUCGACGUCUGGAGGGGGACCAGUCAGUCCACCCCCAGACUUUGUCGGAAUAGCCAGAUCGAAGAACAUCCUAGCCAUGAGUGGACGAGAAUCCAUGAUGCCACUUGCCGUGAUCUUCACCAUUUUCUUGCUGUGGGGGUUUGCGUAUGGCAUCCUUAUUACGUUCUACUGGGAAUUCUCGCAAGCUAGCCAUCGUAAUCAAGAUGUGAGCUUUGCCUUGCACGCGACUUUUUUCGGAGCCUACCUCUUCGGGCCAAUUCUAGUAGCGAGACCUAGUUUGCAAAGGUGGGGCUUCCAAAUCACCGUCGUCGUGGGCCUCUCGAUCUUCUGGUGCGGAAUGUUGUUAUUCUGGCCGGCUACGGUGCUUGUCUCACUCCCAGAGCUCUUCAUUGCUAGCUUCGUUGCUGGGCUGGGAAUCUCUGUUUUGGAAACGUCUGCGGAUCUCUUCGUUGCACUCUGUGGGCCACAGGGUCGAGGCGGAAUGCGACUGAGUAUCGCCCGAGGUAUCCAAGCUGUUGGUUGGGCAGCAUCACCUACAUUUGCUCAGCAGGUGCUCUUCAAGCAUACAACUAGUGCAUCAACAUUGAUCACUGUUCAAUGGAUCUUUCUUGUCCUUGCGAUAGUGCCACUGGUGCUGGUGGUUAUGUGCAGUCUCCUGCCACUUCCAGAGGUGUCUAACGAAGAGCUUGAUGAACUUGCUGAGCAAUGUCAACAAAACGUCGCACCGUCCGUGUGUGGGGUUCAUGUCGCCUGGAUAACUUUGGUCCUAGCAUUCCUGGCGCAAUUCUGCACCAUUGGUGGUCAGGAAGCCUUUCAUACAAAUUUCAAGUCCCUCGUCAUAUUCAACGUACCACAGUAA